GUUGAAUUACAUGUGCAUUUAAAAUUGCUCUUUUUAAUAGUACCAAAGUCAAAGUAGUUUAACAUAAUCAUUAUUAUUGAAAUUUGUGAGAAAUAAGAUUUAAAUUAACGUUAAAGUUAUAUUAAAUGGCAUUACUUCCUGCUGAUGUUGCAGUUACCUGGGGAAAGUUCGAAGAACUACCAGAAAAAGUAAAAGUCUUUGUUGUUGAAAAAGUACAAUUAUGUACGCCCGUAUCACUUCAUAUAUGCGAUGGUUCUAGUGAAGAUGGGGAUUUUUUAAUAAAUCUGUUACUUCAAGAAGGCACUGCUGUAAAACUUGAAAAGUUUAAGAACUGUUAUGCUGUUCGAACAAAUCCAGCAGAUGUUGCUCGAGUUGAAUCAAGAACAAUAAUUUGCACUAAAAAUCAGCACGAUACCCUUCCUUCUCAUAAAGUAGGUAUUGAAGGCCAUUUAGGAUAUUGGGCAGAUACAGAUGAAGAAGAUGAGAAGUUGCGUAAACUUUUUAACGGCUGUAUGAAAGGUCGAACCAUGUAUCUACUACCAUUUAGUAUGGGACCACUAGGAUCUCCUUUGUCUAAACCAGGCAUUCAGUUAACAGAUUCACCUUAUGUUGCCCUUUGUAUGCGUAUUAUGACUCGGCUAGGGAGCAGUGUUCUUGCUUCUCUUGGAGAGGGUGAUUUUAUUAAAUGUCUUCAUUCAGUUGGUCAACCUUUGCCUGUUCCAGCAGAUCCAUAUCAUUGGCCCUGUAAUCCUGAGCAAACAGUUAUUGCACACUUUCCAGAGCGACGUGAAAUAAUGUCUUUUGGAUCUGGUUAUGGUGGAAAUUCAUUACUAGGGAAGAAAUGUUUUGCUUUGCGUAUUGGCUCUGUUAUUGCAAGAGAUGAAGGAUGGUUAGCAGAGCAUAUGAUGAUCUUGAGUCUCACAAAUCCUCAAGGUGAGAAAAAGUACAUUGCUGCUGCAUUCCCCAGUCAAUGUGGAAAAACAAAUCUUGCAAUGAUUACACCAUCCAUUCCCGGUUGGAAGGCAGAAUGUGUUGGUGAUGAUAUUGCUUGGAUGAAAUUUGAUGAAGAAGGUGUUUUAAGAGCCAUAAAUCCUGAGUAUGGCUUUUUUGGUGUUGCUCCAGGUACAUCUAAAAAAACUAAUCGAGUUGCUGAAGAAUGUUGUGCUCAUGAUACUGUAUUUACAAACAUUGCAACAACCAGUGAUGGUGGCUACUAUUGGGAAGGGUUGGAAGAAGAGAUUGAUUUAACUGGCCUCACUGUAACAGAUUGGUUAGGUAAACCAUGGACACCUGGUUGUGGUAAACCUGCUGCUCAUCCAAAUUCUCGAUUUUGUUCACCAUCUCGAAAUUGUCCAAUGAUGGACCCAAACUGGGAAGAUCCAAAAGGUGUUCCAAUUUCUGCUAUAAUGUUUGGUGGACGUCGACCAGAAGGUGUUCCGUUAAUUUAUGAAGCAUUAAGUUGGCAACAUGGUGUUUUUAUUGCAAGUUCAAUGUGCUCUGAAGCUACAUCUGCUGCAGAACAUUCUGGAAAAACUGUAAUGCGUGAUCCGUUUGCAAUGAGACCUUUUUUCGGCUACAAUGCUGGUCAUUACUUUAAGCAUUGGUUGAGUAUGAACAAAGAAGGUCGUAAACUUCCAAAAAUAUUUCAUGUUAACUGGUUUAGAAAAAAUGCAGAAGGUCGUUUCUUAUGGCCAGGAUUCGGUGAAAAUAUACGAGUACUAAGUUGGAUUUGCGACAGGGUAGACAACAAAGAUGUUGCCGUUGAAUCUCCAGUUGGUUUAAUUCCAAAAGAAGGCAGUAUUGAUAUAAGUGGACUUGGGGAUAUUGAUAUGGCAGAAUUGAUGUCGACCCCUAAAGCUUAUUGGCUUGAACAGCUAAAUGACCUUCAAAAGUAUUACGAAGAUGAGUUUCUCAACGACCUUCCAACUGAGUUGUGGGACGAGUUCAAGAGUUUUAAGCAGCGAAUCGAACAACUUCCUUAAUUAUUUUUUGAUUCCUGUUAAACAAAUAUGUAUAUGGGAACUAAAAUCAAAUGUAUAUCUAUUUAAUUAUAUAAAAUGAAACAAAAUUGAA